UUGCUGCCAAAGAACACAAAAUGGCAACAGGAUAGCAGAAGAACUACAAGAUGCUCGCCAGAGGCUGGAAGUGUCCCUUGCUGACACCGAACAUCUUCACGAUGAGGUCAUGGCAAAGACGGCUCAAGUGAAGCAGUACAAGAAACAGACGGAUAGUUUCAAAGCUAAAGUAGAGGAGGCCAACACUAAACUACUGAAGACACAGCAGGAGCUGCAGCGUUGUCAAGAGCUCCUUAAAACCAUGGAAAUAGACUAUCAGGAUCAGAAUAGGGAAAGGAUUAAUUAUCUAGAAAGAACUGCUAUUGAUAGGCAAAGUAUCGUAUCAGGACUAGCGAGCAACAUUAGAAGCCAAAAGCAACACAUCCAUCAAUUGGAGGUUGAGAUUGAGCACCAGAAAGAAACUAAUGGACGCUUGGAGGCUAGACUCGGGAGGCAGGAUGAACUUGCUCCCUACUGUGUCUCACAAGUCCUUUACCUUGGGCAGCAAGAGGGAUCUGGAUCAUAUGGGUCCAUCCACUCCACUCAACUGAAUGGAAUCAACUGCAUUGCUAAACGAGUUCACGACAUUUUGCUUGGUCAUGGAAAUGUAGAGCAGCUGAGCUUAGAAGACAAACGAGCUGCUUACGAGAAGUUUUAUUCCGAGUGUGUGCUACUGAGUCGAAUGCGCCACCCCAACAUUGUCCAGUUCAUGGGUGUGUACUACGGGCCACAGAGAGAUUACGGAAGAGAGCUCACACUAGUUAUGGAACGUCUGUACAUGAAUUUGUACGACUGCUUACAUCGCUAUCCCAACAUUGAAAUGUGGUUGAAGAUUUCGAUUCUUCUAGACGUUUCCCAAGGCUUGCUCCACCUUCAUUCUCAAGGUAUUGUUCACCGGGAUCUGACCACUCCAAAUGUUCUCCUCACAACGAGCUUCCACGCUAAGAUUGCUGACCUGGGCGUUUCAAAAAUCAUUCAAGUUUGUGGUACUAAACAAACCACGGCUCCUGGUAAUCCUGACUACAUGCCCCCUGAGGCACUAACCGAAAUCCCUACGUACGGCUAUGCUCUGGAUAUAUUCUCGUUUGGUGUAAUCAUGCUCUUUGUGUUAACUCAAAAAUACCCGAAGCCAUAUGAGGUUCCUUUUACAGUCACUGGCGUUCAACGAAAGGAAAUUCAGGUACAGAAACGAAUGAAAUGGAUCAGUAAACUAUCUCCAGAAGAUCCAAUGAGACAAUUAAUGUGCCGUUGUCUUCAAGAUGAUCCUCAAAGGCGACCAUUAUCUCAAGAGCUCAACUCAACUCUGAUUCGCUUUGCACAGCAGUUCCCAAAACCAUUUGUGGAUACUAUUGAAAUGCGAAGAAAAUGUAUACCCACGACUCCACCCAUACCACUUCCAAGGCGUCUCAGCCAGGGACAGCAAUGACUGUGAUUUUGUAUGAUCAGCUAGAGGUGUGCAAGAUUGUAAUUA